AUGGCUCUACCACUCGCACCCUCAGCACACCACCUACCACCAUACAUGAUCAACAUGUUACACCACUCCGCCACCAACAGCGACAUCCCCACCUCAACCUCCAACCCACCGCUAGAAGUCGAACUCCGCUACCCCUCAGGCUACACCGAACGCUUCCUCCUCCCGCACCCAAAUAGCACCCGCCCCCAAAAAGACCGCACCCUCCACCCCAUCGACGACCUCACAACCACCAUCUCCGUCAUCCUCCACCUCACCACCGGCCCCAUAGGCCCGCACACCAAACUCUGCCCCCUCCUCCACUCCGCCUACACCACCUCCAACACCUCGCUCUUCACCACAACCCUCUCGACCCUCAACCAACUCCUCUCCUCCCCGCUAAAACUAACCCGCCCCUCCACCCCCUUAAUCCACCACUUCCUCGCCCAACUCUACGACCGCUCCAUCGCGCCCCACCUCAAACCCCUCACCACGCGCCGCGCCCCCAAGAAACCCACCUCCGCCAUCUACGGCGAACUCCAACCCGCCUUCCUCUCCACCAUCUUCAAGAAAACAGCCCUAGGCCCCGGACAAGUCUACAUCGACCUCGGCUCCGGCGUCGGCAACACCGCCCUGCAAGCGGCCCUCGAAACCGGCGCCUCAGCCCACGGCCUCGAGCGCGAAGCCUUCCCACACCUCGUCUCCGCCCUCCACCUCCAGCAAUUCCACAUCCGCUGCAUGCUGUGGGGUUUGAAACCGGGGAAAGUCCAGCUCUACCAUGCCGAUUUCUUGCACGCACCGCACCUGACGGAUCUCCUUUUGCCGGAGGCGGAUGUGGUGGUGGUGAAUAAUUUCAGGUUUGAGCCGGAGACGGAUGUGGCGUUGAGGGGGUUGAGGAGGGGGCAGGUUGAGGAGGGGGGCGAGGGUUGUUUCUAUGAGGCCGGUGGUUGUGGGGAGGUUGAGGAGUCCGAAGAGGGGGGUGGGGAGGGGGAGGGGGAGGUGUGGAAGGUUGAGGAGUGUGCGUAUGCGGAGGAGAGUGUUAGUUGGAGUCGGAGGGAGGGGGUGUAUUAUGUUAGUACCAAGUUGAGAUGA